AUGGAAGUGGAAACCGAGGUAAAGAGCCGCAAACGAAAAAGAAGUGAUGAUGCUGUGGAGUUGAGUUCAUAUCGUGACCAACAUUUUAAGGGUAACAGGCAUGAGCAGGAAGAAAAAUUGCUGAUCAGUUCAACUUUAUACAUUGGCAACUUGUCAUUCUACACGUGCGAGGAGCAGAUUCAUGAGCUCUUCUCCCAAGCCGGGGACGUGAAGAGAAUCAUCAUGGGACUCGAUAAGUUCAAGAAGACUCCAUGUGGCUUCUGCUUUGUUGAAUAUUACAUCAGAGAAGAUGCAGAAAAUGCUAUGAGGUUCAUAAAUGGGAUGAGGUUGGAUGAUAGGGUAAUAAGAACCGAUUGGGAUGCAGGCUUCAUCGAGGGCAGGCAGUUUGGUAGGGGCAAGUCAGGUGGACAGGUGAGAGAUGAAUACAGGAAUGAUUAUGAUGAUGGCAGAGGAGGUUAUGGCAAGUUGGUCCAACAACGUAUUUCUUGA